CAUCGCCUCGUCACGGCAACUUGGACUUUUAUGUGACUACUGCCUGCUGUCUCAGGCGCGUUUGUAUUGCGCAAUCAAAUUCGAAUGUGCAGACUGAUCCCCUCACCCAACUUAUAGGAUUCUUAUACUUUCCAACCCACCCAGUCUUCGCACACAGCUGAAGCGUCCAUCCACGUCAUUAUACCGACCAUGAUCUCUCUACCAGGCCUCAACCUAUCCUCGCAGCCCACCGAAGCGCAAAAUGCCCCUACUUCGACAGCCACACGAACGCAAGACCUCGCUGCCAACACCGAAUACCGCUUCGAGGUAUCCUUCUCACGAACCCUCACGGUGAAGCUGCAAUCGGGCACCGCAGAGUUCUUCGGCACCGAGCUGGCUCCGUCCACCAUAUACACGUUUCAGGGCACAAAGGGCGCUAUCUUCACAUGGCAUGGCUGCAAGCUCGACAUCGGCGGAGAGGUUGAAUCAGACUACAUCGCGGAAGAGACGCCAAUGAUGAGCUGCGCGAAUCUGCACUUUGCGCUGGAAAACCUGCGCGACAAGAGCAUUACCAGUGGCGGCGUCGAAAUGGGACCCAGAGUGCUUGUCGUAGGCCCUGAGAACUCAGGGAAAACGUCACUCGUCAAGACUCUGACCUCCUACGCAGUCAAGACCAGCAGGCAGCCAAUGGUCGUGAAUUUGGACCCGCGCCAGGGUAUGCUCAGUGUGCCAGGGUCUUUUUCAGCAGCGGUAUACUCGUCCAUUGUGGACAUUGAAGAAGGUUGGGGCAGCAGUCCAAUCUCCGGGCCCAGUCCUAUUCCAGUGAAGAUGCCGCUGGUAUACCACUACGGUCUCAAGGACCCAGAGGAGGGCAGGGUGUUCAAGCCGUUGGUAACGCGCAUGGCACUUGCUGUCACAAGUAGAUUGGAGGAAGACACGCUCAGCAAGCAGGCUGGCUUCAUCAUUGAUAGCUCAGGCGCCAUCAGCCAAGGGAGAAAUGGCGUCUACGACAACAUAGAACAUAUUGUUUCUGAGUUCUCUGUCAACGUCGUCAUAACGCUCGGCUCCGAACGCCUCUACUCUGACCUCUCCCGCAAAUUCGCAGCCCGCACCGGCGGCGACCCCUCCGAGACCGUAUCCGUAGUCCGUCUCGACAAGUCUGGCGGGUGCGUCGACCGAAGCGAAGAAUAUAUGAAAGCCCUCCGCCACGCCCAAAUCAAAGAGUACUUUUUCGGCAAGGGCGACGAGACACUGGCUCCCAGCAGCCAAAUGGCCGACGCCGCCGAUCUGAACAUCUUCCGCGUCGUCGAAGGAGAAGGAAACGGCGGGGUAGACGAGUACGGCAUGACGGUCGAGCGGCAGAUCUUUGAGAAAGUCACACCGUCUGAGGCGCUUCAGAAUCAAUUGCUGGCUAUCACAACAGCGAGCCCCAACGAUCCGCAGAGUGUAAUCAGGGAUAGCAGUAUUAGGGGGUAUAUCUAUGUCGCGGAUGUAGAUGAGGCGAAGAAGAAGGUCAAGCUGCUCAGUCCGCUACCGGGACAGACGCCCGGCAAUGCCAUGAUCUUGGGUAGUUGGCCGGAACCUGUAGAGGGACUGCUUAACUAGGAGUUAGGAAGACGAACGAUGGGAUGGUGACGACUUUGCCACAAGUCUGACACAUUGGAAACACGUAGCUUCAAGAACAUUCUUGGACUACAAACAGUUUUGCCUACUACACAUGAUUAUGCUCUAUAUCUUCAAUUACCUACAACUGUAUUGCGUGCUCCGACCUCCGCGAUGAUGUUUGACAAAUGAAUUGGAGAGCGAGAAGGGAAUUAGUUGAGUGUAAAUUUAUUGCGAGGAAGCCUAUUUGAUAUGAA